GCAAAAGCGUGCACCUCAAAGGAAGCUGCAAAUAAAGGCACACCACUCCAGCCCUCACCACAGUCCACUCGGGUGUUGGUGGUGAUGCAAACCUUUCAUUCUCACCUUUAACAUCGCCAUGAAGAUCUUCUGUCUCAUUUUACUUUGUCAUGGAAGCCUUCAGCUGCAGUGUGAUAAAAAACAGAUCACAGCACAUAUUGGAGGCGAAUUCAUUCUUUUCUGCAAGUACGACACAAAGCAUUUCCUGUACAGCAAAAAGUACUGGUGUCGAGGGGAAUCCAGGAACACCUGUACGAUCUUAGUGCAUUCAGAACAUUUCGGUCAAAUCGCAGGCAGAUCCCUCGUCAUAGAUGGAGGAAGAAGAGGGUUGAUUGUGAAGGUCACAGGUCUGCAGUUUGAUGACACUGGAGCGUACUGGGUUGGGAUUGAUAAAGUAAACAGUGACAUCAUGACUUCAGUUAAUGUGCUCAUCACUGAAGUUCCGCUGUCCAAACCCAGACUGUGGCCUUUGACAUCUCUGGUGGACGGGCCUACGUGCUGGGGGCGGCCGGUGACUGUGCGCUGCGGUUGUGCACAGGGCUCUGGUGUUCGUUACGCCUGGCAUCAGCGCACUCGCUUCAAGGACUCACUCCUCCACCUGUCAUCAGACUUGAAUCUUCACUGCGGCUCGCUGGGAGAGGACAGUGAUUAUUACUGCGUGGCCACUAACGCCCUGAGCAGUCAGGAGAGCGAGGUCCUCUCCGUGCAGGUCCUGAGGCCUGCACACAGCGACUGUGUCUAUGUUUUGAAUCUGCAGGGCCAACCCAGCUAUGACUGUGCAGACAGGAUGUGCACCACCAGUGCCAGCACUCCAGCUCUGACCACCAAUGGGAAGAUCCACACGGAACCAGGAAACCAGCCUUCUCUAAUUAAUCACACUCGUCCUGAUCUCGGUUUGGAAAGGUUCCAGACAUGGGCACCACUCUGGUACACGUUGCUGCGUUGGGGUUAUUUGGCAACCUUACUGAUUGAUAUCGAACCGGAAGUAAGCUGCGUUCUUACAACGUUAGUGGGCGUGGCGGUGGCGGAAACAGGAAGCCACGCCCUUCCUCUUAUUGACGCAUGUCAGACACACAGAGGCUUCAGCUUCCUCCCACAGUCCCACUCGCGACAGCAGAAGCUUCCUGGUUCGUCUCUCCCGCGGCUCUCCUCGUCCCACCGGAAAAUGGGGCUUGUGGAACGUUUCGUCAUGGAUCUCUCAUCCGUCCGUCUCCUGUUCAUUCUUGGUCUUGUUGUUGCCGCCCAAGCUCAAAGCUGCUCCAGACCUGUGGCUGGAGCCAACAUGAGCUUGAAGGACAGUGACAUUCUCUUGGAUGUCUUCGAGAAUGGCGCUGUGGCUUCUUUCACCUGUAGUGCUGGCUACACGUCUGGAGGAGGGUCCCCAUCCAUCACCUGUGUAGACGGCAGCUGGAGUCCCGUGAAGCUGAUAUGCGAGAAAAAGUCCUGUGGCUCUGCUGGAGAAGUUCCUCACGGAAACGUUGAUUACUCUGAAGGGAAUGAAUUUGGCGAUCAAGUUGUGGUCACCUGCGACCCAGGUUACAAUUUGGUUGGUAAACCAGUCCUCCGGUGUGGAGACAAAGGGUGGCAGGGCAGGUUGCCUAUAUGUGAAGCAAUAACUUGUGAUCCGCCACAGCAGAUUGAAAAUGGUGUUUACUCCCCCAAAAAAGAAGACUUCUACGGAAUUUCAGAGGUUAUACAAUACUCUUGCCAAAAGCCGUAUUCACUCAGAGGUGCCAAAUCCUUAACAUGUUCAGAGAAUGGAGCAUUCAAGCCUGCUCCUCCGGAGUGUAUCAUUGUUAAUUGUGAAGAUCCUGUUGUUGAAUUUGGUAAAUUCCUAUCGGGUUCUCGACCCCCCCAUCUACACUUGGCUAGUGUGACGUUCGAGUGCAUUACCGGAUACUACAUGGUGGGAGAGAGGACACAGACAUGUGACAUAAAUGGCAACUGGUCACCCGGACUUCCAACAUGCAAAUUGUCCCCCACAACUAAAGCUACUACCACCACCACCACCACCAAGGCAACCACCACCACAACUUCAGGGAAACAAACGGUGUCCCCCACAACUAAAGCUACUACCACCACCACCACCACCAAGGCAACCACCACCACAACUUCAGGGAAACAAACGGCUGCUACUAAACCAACUGACGCACCUGAUAGUGGAAGUGACAGCUUUACGAAGUAUGGUGUUCCAAUUCUGGCCGUCGCUGGGGCGAUCAUUAUCGCACUCAUCAUCUACUGGAUCAUCAAGCGGAUAUUGGGCUCUCAGCGAAGUAUACCUGACAGUGAGGCUCCAAAACUAGGAGAGGAGAUCCCACUCUCGAAGUAAGCAUUAUCGUCCUGGUGGCUCAGCUGUACGGGAUGUACUGAUGACCUGAAUGGAAGGGGGUCGCCCCUGGACGAGUGUGUGCACCUGCUUAUGGCUUUGAUUUGGACAGACACGUGAUGAAAUCUCUAGAGAUCCUGAGAUCUCUGCAAACUGCGCUCAGUUCUCAGCUACUGCUUGUUGCUCUGGUUAGUCGACAGUAAUGUACAUAUCUGAUGUUCUUUUAACUUGCCUUAUUUAUUCCUGCCCGUUAUGAAGGCCAGUUCAAAAGUUGUUCUUUUGUCUUAAUAUUAAUUGACAUUGUAUUUGGCAGAGAAGCUUUAGCUCCAUAUAGAUUUGAUAUACUUUUGCACUAAAACUCAAGAGCACAGCUCAGGCCACUGUAGAAAAAACUGAAUGUAUGCACUAAUCACCUUUUCAAAAAAUACAACCGCUCUGUUUAAAUAACCUUUUAAGUGUGAUGCUGAAGAACCAAUCGAAUAUAUCGGUCACUUGUUUCAAACAAAGCUUGUAACGGAAGUAGAUAUUGAUGGCACCCCUCGUAGAGGGAGGGGCUCCGAGCCGAUAAACCAGUCCUUUCAGAAAGGUGGGAUCGAGCCUCGUGCCUGUCGAACGUGUGGUGUGUUUUAAAUGCCUUAUCCCAAACAGACCUUUUUCAACUGCUAACUGUUAGCUAAUGAGGCCUAAUCGUGACUCUACUAAAUUAUGAGAUGUCAUAUAUUCGCAAGAGUCUGAACAAAUUCCCCACUCUACUGUGAGGAACAGGAAUGCUUCCAGUGUUACACGUUUUAAUGGUGGCUACAUCGAGAUGUAAAGAAUGUGAUUUGUAAAGGUUUUAGCACCUGCUCAACUUUUUAUUUAUUUAUCAAAAGAGAAAUUAGUAGUUUUGUGUAAAUUUGCCAUAAAAUAUUUUGUAUACAUGGAUGAAAUAAAAGUGUUUACGAUA